CUGAAAACAUUUCUAUUGUGUUCUCUUUUCAAAAUUUUUAAAAAAGAGAAACAAAAAUGGGAACGUUCACGAGCUUUAGAAAAGCCUAUGGAGCUCUCAGGACUCCACAGGUUGGCUUGGCCAAAGUCAACAGCGAAUAUAAGGAUUUGGAUAUUGCGAUUGUGAAGGCCACGAAUCACGUUGAAUGUCCGCCUAAAGAACGCCAUGUUCGAAAAAUAUUUUCGGCAACAUCAGUGAUUCGCCCGAGGGCUGACGUGGCAUACUGCAUUCACGCACUUGCGAAGAGAUUGUCGAAGACGCGGAAUUGGAUUGUUGCCAUAAAGACAUUGAUAGUCAUUCAUAGGACAUUAAGAGAGGGUGAUCCUACCUUCAGAGAGGAGCUUUUGAACUAUUCACACAGAGGACACUUUCUUCAAAUAUCCAAUUUUAAAGACGAUUCGAGCCCUCUUGCAUGGGAUUGCUCUGCAUGGGUUCGAACAUAUGCACUGUUUCUAGAGGAGCGGCUUGAGUGUUUUAGGAUCUUGAAAUAUGAUAUUGAGUCAGAGCGGUUGACAAAAUCAUCUCCCACGGCAUCCAAGGCACAUAGUCGAACACGACUUUUGAAUUGUGAUGAAUUGUUGGAGCAGCUGCCUGCACUGCAGCAGCUUCUUUACCGCCUUAUUGGUUGUCAGCCAGAAGGGUCAGCUUACCACAAUUAUCUCGUUCAGUAUGCCUUGGCCUUGGUGUUGAAAGAGAGUUUUAAAAUAUAUUGUGCCAUCAAUGAUGGAAUCAUCAACCUUGUGGACAUGUUUUUUGAUAUGUCAAGACAUGAUGCAGUUAAAGCUCUCGAUAUUUACAAAAGAGCUGGCCAACAGGCUGAAAGUCUUGCUGACUUCUAUGACUACUGCAAAGGUUUGGAACUUGCCAGGAACUUUCAGUUUCCAAUGUUGAGACAGCCGCCUCCAUCUUUUCUUUCAACAAUGGAAGAAUACAUCAGAGAAGCACCUCAGACAGGUUCUGUUCAGAAGAGACUGGAAUAUCAUGAGUCGGAACAAAUACCUCAGCCAGUGGAAGAACCUGCAGAAGUUGAAAAGGAAGAAGAAGAAAUAAUCGAGGAGAAUAAAUCCCUUGUAGAAACAGAGGAAGAACCUCAGCCUCCUAAGGAGGAGGUGGUAGAAGAAGCUGCUCCACUGAUACCAAUGGAAGAUACCACGGAUCUUCUGGGUCUUACUGAAGUAAAUCCAAAGGCUGCAGAACUAGAGGAAAGUAAUGCAUUGGCCCUUGCAAUAGUUCAGCCUGGCAAUGAUCCAUUAUCUUCAAAUCGUGGUUUGAAUGAAAUUUCUGGUGCUGGAUGGGAGCUAGCACUUGUUACCACACCAAGCAACAACAUUGGAGUGGUGGAUACCAAAUUGGCUGGUGGAUUUGACAAGCUAUUGCUUGAUAGCUUGUAUGAAGACAAUAAUGCAAGGAGACAUAUACAACUGCAGAAUGCAGGGUAUGGAUACGGAGGGUUGGCGGCAGUACAAAAUCCAUUUGAACAACAACAACAACAAAACGACCCAUUCAUAAUGUCCAACGGCAUAGCAGCCCCACCCAAUGUGCAGAUGGCUGUAAUGCAGCAGCAGCAGCAACAACAACAGAUGCUUCAGCAAAAUCAACAACAAUCGAUGAUGGUACCAUAUCAACAGCCAACUCAGUUUCUUCAACAACAAAUGCCGCAGACAAAUUAUGCUAAUCCAUUUGGAGAUCCAUUUGUCAUGCACCCAAAUACUUCAACACCACAACAGGGUAACCAUAUGCUGCUUUAGAGGUCAUUUUUUUUUUUUUUUUUUUUUUGGCUUUUUAAAUUUCAGUAUAUUCUUUAAUUCUUUGAC